CGCCCCCUGAAGGAAAUGUCUGACACUCAUCACAGCAGCCCUCUCCUGACAGAGCCUCUUUCCAGCAGAUACAAACUGUAUGAGUCAGAGUUUACCAGCCCUAGCUGGCCCUCAAGCCCCCAGGAUACACACCCAGCCCUGCCCCUCCUGGAAAUGCCUGAAGAAAAGGAUCUCCGGUCAUCCAAUGAAGACAGCCAUAUUGUGAAAAUGGAAAAACUCAAUGAAAGGAGUAAAAGGAGAGAAAGCGGGGCAGCUCAUCGGGGCUCUACAGGCUUGGGGGGCAUCAGCCUCUUCCAAGCAGUGGGAUACCUCACAGGGGACAUGAAGGAGUGCAGGAGCUGGCUGAAAGAUAAGCCACUGGCCCUCCAGGUUACAGACUGGGUCCUGAGAGGCACUGCUCAGGUAAUGUUUGUCAACAACCCUCUCAGCGGACUCAUCAUCUUCAUAGGGCUUCUGAUCCAGAAUCCCUGGUGGACGAUUGCUGGGGUGUUGGGGGCAGUGGUCUCAACCUUAACUGCCCUCGCCUUGAACCAGGACAGGUCUGCCAUCGCCUCAGGCCUCCACGGGUACAACGGAAUGCUGGUCGGACUACUGAUCGCUGUGUUCUCUGAGAAGUUAGACUAUUACUGGUGGCUUCUGUUUCCUGUGACCUUCACAGCCAUGACCUGCCCAGUUCUUUCCAGUGCCUUGAAUUCCAUCUUCAGCAAGUGGGACCUUCCUGUCUUCACGCUGCCCUUCAACAUUGCUAUGACCCUGUACCUGGCAGCCACCGGCCACUACAACCUCUUCUUCCCCACAACACUGGUGGAGCCUGUGUCUUCAGUGCCCAAUAUCACCUGGACAGAGAUGGAGAUGCCCUUGCUGCUACAAGCCAUCCCCAUCGGGGUUGGCCAGGUGUAUGGCUGUGACAAUCCCUGGACAGGCGGUGUGUUCCUGGUGGCUCUGUUCAUCUCCUCGCCACUCAUCUGCUUGCAUGCAGCCAUUGGCUCAAUUGUGGGGAUGCUAGCAGCCCUGACGGUGGCCACGCCCUUCGAGACCAUCUACAUGGGCCUCUGGAGCUACAACUGUGUCCUCUCCUGCAUCGCCAUAGGGGGCAUGUUCUACGCCCUCACCUGGCAGACGCACCUGCUGGCCCUCGUCUGUGCCCUGUUCUGUGCAUACAUGGGAGCAGCCCUGUCCAACAUAAUGUCCGUGAUUGGUGUGCCGUCAGGCACCUGGGCCUUCUGCCUCUCCACCCUCAUCUUCCUGCUCCUGACAACCAACAACCCUGCCAUCUAUAAGCUCCCACUCAGCAAAGUCACCUACCCAGAGGCCAACCGCAUCUACUACCUGACAGUGAAGAACAUUGAAGAAGAGAAGUCCCCCAGCGGUGUUGGUGGGGAGCAGCCAGCCACAACAAGCCCAAGGGCCGAUGAGGGCUCAGAAGCCGUGCCCCCCAAGCCCAGGAGCGUGUUCCACAUCGAGUGGUCAUCCAUUCGGAGAAGGAGCAAAGUGUUUGGAAAAGGCGAACACCAGGAGAGGCAAACCAAAGACCCUUUUCCUUAUCAGUACCGGAAGCCCACGGUUGAAUUGCUGGAUCUAGACACCAUGGAGGAGAACACUGAGAUAAAGGUGGAAGCGAACGUUUCCAAGACUUCCUGGAUUCAGAGUCACAUGGCCGCCAGUGGGAAGAGGGUCAGCAGAGCCCUCAGCUACAUCACAGGGGAGAUGAAGGAGUGUGGUGAGGGUCUUAAAGACAAAUCCCCAGUGUUCCAGUUCCUUGACUGGGUCCUCCGGGGCACGUCACAGGUGAUGUUUGUGAACAACCCCCUCAGUGGCAUCCUCAUCGUCCUUGGCCUCUUCAUCCAGAACCCCUGGUGGGCCAUCUCCGGCUGCUUGGGAACUGUUGUGUCCACUUUGACAGCCCUCAUCCUGAGCCAGGACAGGUCCGCCAUCGCAGCAGGACUUCAUGGCUACAACGGGGUGCUGGUGGGGCUGCUGAUGGCUGUGUUCUCAGAAAAGGGCAACUACUACUGGUGGCUUCUGUUCCCUGUCAUCAUUAUGUCCAUGUCUUGCCCCAUCCUCUCCAGUGCCCUGGGCACCAUCUUCAGCAAGUGGGACCUCCCCAUCUUCACGCUGCCCUUCAACAUCGCUGUGACCCUGUACCUGGCAGCCACCGGCCACUACAACCUCUUCUUCCCCACGAUGCUGCUGCAGCCUCCAUCCUCCAUGCCCAACAUCACCUGGUCAGAGGUCCAAGUGCCCUUGCUCUUGAGAGCCAUCCCUGUUGGAGUCGGCCAGGUGUAUGGCUGUGACAACCCCUGGACUGGAGGCAUUUUCCUCAUAGCUCUGUUCAUAUCUUCACCUCUCAUUUGCCUACACGCUGCGAUCGGCUCCACCAUGGGGAUGUUGGCAGCCCUCACUAUUGCAACGCCCUUGGACUCCAUCUACUUCGGCCUGUGUGGCUUCAACAGCACGCUGGCCUGCAUUGCCAUCGGAGGCAUGUUCUACGUCAUCACCUGGCAGACCCACUUCCUGGCCAUCGCCUGUGCACUGUUUGCGGCCUACCUGGGUGCUGCGCUGGCUAACAUGCUGUCCGUGUUUGGACUGCCACCAUGCACCUGGCCCUUUUGCCUCUCAGCACUCACCUUCCUGCUCCUGACGACCAACAACCCUGCCAUCUACAAGCUUCCACUCAGCAAAGUUACCUACCCAGAGGCCAAUCGCAUCUACUACCUAUCCCAGGAGAAAAACAGAAGAGCAUCAACCAUAACAAAGUACCAGGCCUAUGAUGUCUCAUAG